GGGUACUGAUCUAGGAAAGUUAAUGAAAAUGGAGAGACUAUCAGAGGACAGGGUCCAGUAUCUGGUCUACCAAAUAUUGAGAGGACUCAAAUAUAUCCAUGCUGCUGGAAUCAUUCACAGGGAUCUCAAACCAGGCAAUCUGGCAAUAAAUGAGGAGUGUGAGCUUAAGAUCCUGGAUUUUGGUCUAGCUCGGCAAGCAGACAGUGAAAUGACGGGCUAUGUUGUGACACGUUGGUACAGAGCGCCUGAGGUCAUUCUUAGCUGGAUGCAUUACACACAGACUG